AAAAAUGCAGCUUGGACAUUCCCAGGCUGGGAAACACAGCGGAGAGAGGGGAAGAGAGGAGGACUGUUUUCACGCACUACAUAAAGAAGGGUGAAAAUCGCUUUAAAAAGGAGGUAAUGGAGGCUGUUUGAUAACAGAGAGGGGAAAGUUUUUUUGUGGAGAAUGUGGAGAGGAAGCAAAGGAGCUGAGGGCUAUGUAGGAAUUCGUGACUGAAGUCAUGGGUUCGGAGGCUAUGGAGGAUUGUGUGCAGGGGGCGCUCUCAUCGCUUUAUCCUCCCUUUGAGAGCACGGCGCCGCCACUCCUCUCCCAGGUCUUUUCAGUCCUGGAGUCGACCUAUCAACACGACAGUCUUCGCUACCUCCUGGACUACUUCGUUCCUGCCAAGCACCUCCUGCACAAACUCCAGCAGCACGCCUGCUCUCAGUACCUGGGCUGCUUGUUCCUCCACUCCGGUUGGCCUCUGUGUUUAGGCGAGAAAGUGGUCGUACAGCUCUCCACCCUGGACUGGAGGAUCCUGCGCAGUAACGACUUCUACCUGCAGGUGGUGCCCUUCUCUACGCGCUGUCCCCGGUUGGCGCUAAAAUGUCUGGCCCCUGGGGGGCGCACCGUUCAGGAGAUCUUGGUGCCCGAGUCACAGCACCCUCUUGUGUUCACCACUGAAUGGCUGCACAGCGUGAACAAAGAACGGGGCCACAAGAGAGAAGUUGGAGGAGGACUUGACACCUGCCUGGUCAGUACAUGUGAUGGUGUGGUUCGACUUCCGUGGAAGGAGGUUGUCUACCCAAAAUUCAUCCACGACCCCUCUGAGGAACUGGGCCUGAUGUCCAACCACGAGGGCUCCACAACCGCCAAACGCCUGCCCAGUGAGGGGGGCAGCAGCCUCGGGGGCUGGGGUGGCUCAUCCUCCGGGGAACUGGACUCCUGGUCUUGGGAUGAGGAGGAAGAUGAUGGUUUGCCACCAGACGGCGUGGACUCGGAGCCCUCGCUUGCCCGGCGAAGGCGCAGCGAAGAUGGGCUUGGGCGGACAGUGAGGCACCCUCAGCUGGACGGGGAUUAUGUGGAGCUUUUGGAGCCCAGAUUGGGUCCUGAUGGAGGGGUUGACACAAGGCAGAGGUACCUGGAGAUGCAUGGGAUUUGUAAAACCAAGACUUUGCCUCUGUGCAAGAGAAGUAAAGCCAUCAAACUCCGGAAAGGGAGAGCUUGGGGAUACGGGAGACUGGAAGGGUCAGGAAGCUUCCGAGCUGUCCUUGGCGCCAAAAGAGACGUAGUCACCCCAAAAGGUGACAUUUUACCACCUCGACCUCCACCAGGAGUCACUGAACCUGGCAGAGGGAGGCGGUCUUACUCCUCUUCUGUCCACGACUCUGAUGAGGGAGAUAAAACAAGCAGAGACUCUGAAGGCCUGGAAAGCCACCGGCUUUGUUUUGACGGCGCGUUCAAAGAGAGGAGGCCCGGCGUGGGCAAGGAGAGAGAUAGCAACGGCCUCACGCAGCCGUGCAGAGACAACCACAGAGGUAAAGACUCAGAGAGCGGCGAUAGUUUUGUUGCAAAUGAAAUCCACGACUUGACGAACCACAAAGUUGGGCAUGUUAUAGAGGGCCACUCAGAUCACGGAUCUCAUUCGGACUCGGUUUUCGAGGAUACGGAUAAACCACUGAGCGGAGACAGUGAUGCCACAACCCCAACAUCAGAUGCACCAGAGAGACCCUUCACUGGAGCUUUAGAAAGUGGAGAAAUUACCAACAGUGGAUCUAAAUUGAUAGAUUUGUCCAACCCAAAGGCGACAGUGGAAAUAGAUGACGGAAAGACGGAGGACAGAGUUUCUCCAAGAGGAAAGGAAGUUAAAACUGCAGGUUUCAGAGCGCCAAGGAGGAAAAGGAAGGGAAAGGGGGCCAAAGGGAGGGCUAGGUCUGGUGGCCGUGCACACCAGAAGGGAUCAAAACAGCCGGCUAAAGCUGCGCAACCAAGUCCCACCGCCUGCUCUGCUUCGACGAAGCUGCCGAUCACAGAGGAGAACCAAAGGAAACAGGCAGACGAACCAGACGGAGUGCCACCUUCGACUAAUGAGGAGACAGAGGACACGAGGAAAAGCAGUGCAGAGAAAGAAGCCGAGACUUUGCCUGUCUGCAAUGGCCAAUCAGGCCCAUCCUUACUUAACCACUCUACCGAGGAGGCAGGGUCAGGAGAGACAUGUCCUGAUCAACUAAAUGGUGUUACAUCUAAAGAGCCUCCCCUGCUGAGGGAACUGAACUCAAAGCUUCUCCAGUCAGGGAAGCUAAAGUUGACAGGUACAGUGGACAGGUUGGGACGCGCUCUGGUUGUCACGGAGACAGAUGCAUCAGAGGAGAGCUUCUCUGAGGAGGAGAUGGCCCAGGUCCUGGCCUGCUACCACAAAAUCACUCGGCCUGCAGCCAAAGAAAAAGGUCUCACGGUGUUAAUGGACAGCAGACGCUCUCCACCCUCCGCCCUCUGUCUCUCUGCUCUUAAGUUGUUCCAGGUGUUGGUUCCUGGCGGUCUCGGAUCGGUUCUGGUUCUGGUGGAAGAGCAGCAGGAGUCCGUUUCUCACAACGUGGAAGGAGCAGAGAUCCACAUGGUGCGAGGAACAGGGGUCCUUCAGCAAUAUGUUGACAAGCAGCAGCUGCCCAAAGAGAUGGACGGAGACUUCACCCACUGCCACUCAGACUGGCUGGCCUUCAGACUGAGCCUGGAGAGUCUGACAGAGCGCUGUGAGAGCGCCCUCGCACUCCUCGGAGAAGCACUGCAGUCUAUGGACACUGAACCGAUGCCAGAUGACAUCAAGGCUGUUCCUCUGAGCAUCGACAAACACCGACAGCUCAUGGCGAGCGUCCUGGCCGACCAACGCUUAACUGAACCACAACAAAGGGGCGGGGCCUGGCUUGCCGGACUGAGCAAUAGUGCAACUGGACUGGCACAGAAGUCACCGGACUGCAGGGCUGCUCUUUCUGCGACCUCUAAACUCUACGACAGCGUGGAUGAUUCCCUCCACCGGCUCGUCCGAGUGUCCAACCAGAGAGGUCGCGACCUGGAAGCUCUGGGACGCCUAGCGGGGCUGGUGGACAAACUGGAAAAGUGUGAUAAGGAGAUUGAGCAAGUCCAGUCACAGCUGGAAGACUACAAGGACCCUCCUCUGUCCCUCAGCAGACUCUCACUCAAACAGCAGAAAUUCAAGACAUUCAGAGAAACAGCAAAUGAGCUGCACAGCGAGACUCUGUCAGUGCUCAGCGAUUUGGAGGGCUGGUGCGAGCUGGACUGGGCCGGCCUGAGCGCCGUCCAGAUCCGACUUCCUCCGGUCAGGGAGAAGCUGAGAGACAUGUCCCACUGUCUGUCUGACUGCUGGACCACCCUGGAUAACACACAGAGGCUGCUGUCCACACUGACCGAGGCCACCCAGUGGUGCGAGGUGGUCUAUUCCACCUCCUCGUCGCCUUCUUCCACCUGCCCUCUCGCCUCCCUCCCUCCGAUCCCCCCGUCCCGUUUCCAGGACGCCCGUUCCUUAGCGAUAGAGCUUGGCGGCGGGGCGCUCCUGGAUCUCUGGACCCAGACGGUGGAGCGCUACCAGCGCACCGUAGCGCAGGUUAAACCCCGGUUCCUCCAGCCUGACAGGGGCCAGAAUCAGGGCCAGGGGAGGCCAAAGACGCCGUCCGCCAGCAGCGUUUGGGACCUGAUGGGUUCUGAGGGAGAUGGCGACUGGGGAUUGGGAGCCGGAGGAGGCGAAGGGGGGAUGCAGUCCUGGGGAUCCCUGGCGUCGCUGUUCAGACCGCAGACCUGCUCCACGUUGAAGAUAGGAGAGGAGAAAGGGAAUAGGAAGGAGGGAGCAGGGGGAGGAGGAGCAAGCGGAGCUGGAGGAGGGAAGUUCCUGCACAACCUUCUGAAUCCUGCAAAGAAGAGCCCCACAGAGGCCCCGCUCCCCUCCAAGCCGCCCAGAAGGCGCCACCCAAGCUUUGACCUCCAAGCUCUCCUGGCUCCCCGCAGAGGCACGGCCACCCCAAAACCCGCCGAGUCCCCGACGGGCGGGGCGAGCCGCAACUCCCCCAUGUCCUGGCUGGGGCGACGGGCGCAAGCUGACCCGGUGAUCACCACUAGCAUGGCAGCAGCCAUCCCUGGCUGGGGCGGAGGAGGAGGAGGCGGAGGAGUGUUAAUCCGAGGGGUGGAGGUCAGCAGCAAGGAGGUGGUGGACCACACAGGGUCGCCACGGCAACACGUGCUGCUAGGGAGGACCGAGAGGGAGACGGGGACAGAUAGGGCCGGAUCAACUGCACAGAGUAAACUGUACCUGCUCUGGUGCAGGAUGCUGAGUUCAGAGAGGCAGUAUGUGGCCAUCUUGAAGGGCGUAGAAGAGACCUACCUCCCGUUACUGGAGCUCUCAGACACCCCGGCCUCCAUCAGGGGGAAGGCAGACACCCUCUUACCCAACUGGGCCAGCCUCAGCACCUUCCACUCGCAGAACCUGCUCCCGGCCAUGGAGGGCGCUCUCGUGCAGAGCUUGUUGCAACAGGACUGCUUCAGCAAAUAUCGGGAGCAGUUUCUGCAGUACUCCCACUACAUCAGGAAUAAACCAGAGCUGGACUCCCCGCUGGUCACACAGGCUGCCGACUUCUUUAAGUCCAAACUCCCCACAGCCUCCCCCCUCUCUCCCCUGUCCUUCCCUCACUGUCUCCUGGCUCCCACUCAGAGACUGGAGCAGUACUGCGAGGCCCUGGAGGAGCUGGGAGGGAUAAACCCAGCCUCUGAUUCCGCCCUCUCCAUCCUGAGGCACGCCCAGCAGCACGGCGAGGACCUCAGGGCCAGCGACCUCAUCGCCGGAUGUCCGGUCCCGGUGGCGGAGCGCGGCGAGCUGGUGCGGCACGGCGAGCUGACGGUGUGCGGGGGAGCUCGAAGGAAACGGGCAGGCGUGAGGAAUGUUUUCCUCUACCAGCACGUCGUUAUCUUCGCCAAACAGAAGAGCCCCAUCCCGGGACGCACUGCCUACAACUACAAACACAGCAUCAAGACCGGUGAAAUGGGCCUGACCCAGAGUGUGGGUGGGGAAGGAGUGAAGUUUGAAGUUUGGGUCCGGCAGGCCCCUCGAACCAAAGACUGCGUCACGCUGCAGGCGAAGGACAGGGAAGACAAGGUGGCCUGGACUCAUGACAUUGCCCAUCUGCUGUGGACACACGCCAUCAACAACACAGAGUUGUGUCUGAAGGAGUCACUCUGCAUGGGGAUGUCCAGUAAGCUGCUGCUGGACGCGACAGGAACUCAAGGAUCAGAACUGGACUCCAUCUACAGUCUCAAUGACAGAGUCCACAGUAGCUGCUCAGACUCCUCCUCUGUGGGCAGUCAGAAGGAGGGUGGAUCUCCGGCGUCUGGGAGGGACCCCAGGAGAAGCUCCGGAUCCACAACUUACUCCCAGAGUCAGUCUCCCUCUACAGCUGUGUAACUGUCAUCUCAAUAAGAAAACUGGACCCUGAACUUUUUUGAAGAUUCAAACAUCUCUAUUUCACAUCUGGGCGAGCCAAACUGGACUUCAGGGAGCAAGAAGAAGACACAAAGAGAGACCCUCAGACUCUUAUUUGAACUUCUCCCACAUUGCUUGCUCUCUUUCCCCUUUUCCCCCCCUUCACCUCCUCAAAACAAAUAAAAAAACGCCAGCAGAUCAGCCGGAGCGGCGCUGAACUCGCUGCCUUCCCCUACGUUUUUAAAGCUCUGAUACGAGCCCACCCGAAGAAAAGCUGCCUCCAAAAAGGAUCAAAAACUGCCCUGUGUACACCAUGACGAGCACCAGCAGGGCUCUCUCAUAGCACUCCGCCAUUUUGGAUCUGCCAGUCUCAGUUGCUGGCAGAGUCAUUGACACCAAAGGCACUUCAGCCACACAGUGCGGCCAUUGUCUGCCCCGCGGCUCCCCACUAGGCCAAACCACUUGGUCUGAACCACUGACUGCCUGGCUGGCUGACUGUACACAUCACAUGCUCCAGCAUCUGAUAAUAAACAGGAAGUAAUAUGCAAGGGCGUAAAUCCACCGUAGGAUUGCAGAUUUAGAAUGUAUUAUGUACUUUUCCAUUUUCAUAACGCUGAAUGGAGUACUGUAGGCUCCCCCCCCCACUCCCCCCCUUUUGCCUGUGUAAAAAUGUGUGGCAUAGGCUAGGUGUGAUUGCAUCUAUGUAAAUGAGGCAGGGGUGGUGUGAGCACACACAUACACACACACAUUGUCCCUCAACACAUGCAGUCAUUCUUAUUGUUAUAAGACAGUGGAGCUCUAUUCACACACUCACUGUGGCCAUUUUAGAGCCUGGUACAAUGGCUAAAUCAACACCAGGAAAGGUUACAUCUGAUCGCAUACAGCUUUGCCUCGAUAAUGAACGGGAAACGUCUUACAGUAUCAUAUCCAGCUGUUUGUUUAAGCUAAUGAUGUGCUAUUAACAGUGGCGAGGACUUAAGGGCGAAAUAGUAUUCUUUAAAGUAUAACUUAUGUUAGAAAAAAUUAGCUUCUUGGUGCCUUAUAUUGUGUACUGAUAAGCACUGAUAAUGAAUUUAAUGCUAUAUCUUUUGAUAUAUAAGUUCCAUAUUCUAUGUGCCAAAGGUAUAAACUGGGUGUCUGUGCAAUGUUGAUUUAUUUUGUGUACACAGAGGUAUUUAGUCUGAGCGUUCCUGAUCUCCAUGAAAUGGAGAGAGGUGGAUCUGUUCGAUGUGCUAUAUUCUGGUUUUACUGGUUUUUGUGCUUGCGGCCAAAAGACUGUUCUUAAAGAGGUAAUUUACUCAGACGUCUAGGUUGUUGCAACAAAGUGAAGCGAGUUUCAAGAUCACAGUUUGAAGAGUGACGUUUUCAAAGCCCGUUGUCUUUGUGCUGUCUGCUUUAUCUUACAUUUUAAAGGAAUAGUAUGUCUUUUCACUGUCUUGCCAGGAGAUAGAAGAGAAGAUUGAUAGAGAGAUUGUGCUGGCGGUAGCUUAAUACUGAGCGUAGACAUGAGAGUCAUCUUAAGGCCUUUACACACCGGGGCUUUUUUUUCCGUGCAAUUAUUUCGCACGCCAAUAUAUUUUUUUGAACUUUUGUUUUCAUGAAUACUUUCACACAGAACAUGAAUAUCAUAUGGCGAAACAAGAAUUUUUUCGACGAUAAAGGCAUCAACGAAUCACGUUGUGCGGAACGGGUUGAGUUGCGCCUAUAUUUAGGCUCCGUAGUCCAAACCAUGAUGGCAAACUUUAUUACUCCUUUCAACCUUGCCAAAGGCAGCGCAGACCAAAUCCACUCCUUCCAUUCUUACCUUUCACAAUAAAAGUCAUAGAAAUACAGUAUCAUAUUUGCAGUAUUUUACAUUUUCGUGACGUUUAUCCAUCAUGCCGUCAGUGUGUAAAGGCUUUAACUCUUGCAAAGAAAGCAAAUAAGUCCAUUUCCCAAAAUUGUUGAACUUUUCCUUUAAGAUAUCAUAUCCCAAAACUAAUGGAAAGCGCGAUAAAAAAAUAACUUGCACCACGUGCAGAACACCAACUUAACCUUUUACUGCUCUGUCAGACUCACUAGUGGGUUAAUUAAUAGAAAUACAGGUUACAUUUCCUUGAGGAUACAUAUCAUGUUUUAUGUUAUGAUGCAGCCAAAACAAAAGGAAUCAUAUUUCAUAUGAUGAUUCCUAUUUUCUGACCGCAAGCACUGCCGGUAAAACCAAUCAACCUCCACUCACCGGUUUGAUUGGAUAGCACGUGUAUCACUAAGCGAUAUCACGCUCAAGGUACAAUAUGAAACCAUCAGGUAGCGAAGGCCAGCAGCAGCAGGAGGUCAAGCUCGCGUCUGCAGACGGUGGCAGCAGCGGAUUGUUGCCGUUAUCAGAUUAAGCACGUUUCAUAUCUGCAUUCAAAUUCAAAAAUUGCAAAUGGCUAUUGAGCCGUUUCUGAAUCAAUAUGUAAUUUGUUGGCUUGGAGAAGGCCCGUACCACUUCAUAGCCUUUAGCUGUUUGGUACAUUGCGUUAUAUUGGAAACAAUGUAAUGAGCACCAUCUUUCAUUCUUACCGCAGUAUAGAUUGUCAUAUGCAGAAUCCCUCACUUUUUGUACGCCGUGGCGAGGCAGUAUUAAUGUAUAGAAACUUUUCUCUCGUUCAUUUUUUUCUAUGAUACACUCUGAUGUUUACAUUUUUUGGAAGGAAUGUUGGAAAUGCAUGUUAUGCUUACUUGAUAAUUGUACUGUUUUUUACUUUUCUGUGUUGAAUUAAAACUGGAUGCAAGUUCCAAA